AUGUUAGCGGCGCGGCUGCGGGAGGAGCUGGCGCUGCGGCGCAUCGGCGCAGCCACCAGGAUCCAGAGCCUGGCGCGAGGAAAGAGCAUCCGGGAGGAGGUGGGACCUUUGCUUGCCAGCAGGAGGGAGGCAGCGAUUACCCUUCAGUGCCUGGUUCGAGGCGUGGCUGCGCGGCGGCGGUUGCAACUCUUGCGGCAGGAACGAGCCUCUGUGAAGGUGCAGAGCGCCUGGCGUCGGCAGCUGGCCAAAGCGGAGGCCAUGCGGCGCCGGGCGCACGAGGCCAACAAGCUGCUGGACUGCCUUUUGCAGGGCCGCGUUCCGCCGUCGGAUGGCACUCCCAGGACCGGCGGCAAAGCCUGGCUGGAGAAGGUCACUGCUGCCCUGGAAUGGAAGGCGAAGCGAGAUGUGGAGGAAGAGGAAAAGGAGCUGCGCUGCUGCCGGCAGAUGGCCUUCAGUCUGAUACACCAUGCGCAGGAGAGCUCACAAGCCCCGAGAGUCUGCUGGCCUCGGCCAUCCUGGAUCGCUCUAUCGCGGCCUUGGGCAUGGCCAAGCGCCGAGCAAGGCAACGGAUGCGUGCCCUGCUGCAGACGCAGGCUCAAGGUCACGUGCCGAGCUACGAGCCCGAGGUGUGCAAGUCCAUGGCGGUCGAUCACGGCGUCCUGA